UUUCCCCUUGCCUGCCCGAUUUCAGUGUUGUCUGUGGCUGUGCGUCUGCCUUUCUUCCCAUCCACUCUCACCUUCAUCAGCGUGUCUUGUGUGUGUGCUGCUGUCUCGACCGCCACCGAUACAACCCACCAACCACCAGCCAUGCUUUCCCGGCUUGCAAGGGCUUCUGCCGUCACGGCCCGCGGCAUCCACACCGCCGCCGCCGUCCGCGCCAGCGCCUCCACUGCUGAGGUGUCCAGCAUCCUGGAGGAGCGCAUCCUCAACGAGUCCAGCCAGCCUGAGCUCGAGGAGACCGGUCGUGUGCUUUCCAUCGGUGAUGGUAUCGCCCGUGUCUACGGUCUCAAGAACGUCCAGGCCGAAGAAAUGGUCGAGUUCAGCUCUGGCCUCCAGGGUAUGGCUCUUAACCUUGAGCCCGACAACGUUGGUGUUGUCGUCUUCGGUAACGACAAGCUCAUCCGCGAGGGCGACGUCGUGAAGCGUACCGGCGCCAUUGUCGACGUCCCCAUUGGCGAGGCCCUUCUCGGCCGCGUCGUUGAUGCUCUCGGCAACCCCAUCGAUGGCCAGGGCCCACUUCCCUCCGACAUGGCGCGCUCCCGUGUCGGCAUCAAGGCCCCCGGUAUCAUCCCCCGCCAGUCUGUGUGCGAGCCCAUGCAGACGGGUAUCAAGGCCGUCGACUCGCUCGUGCCUGUCGGCCGUGGUCAGCGUGAGUUGAUCAUUGGCGAUCGUCAGACGGGUAAGACCGCCGUCGCCAUUGACUCCAUCAUCAACCAGAAGCGCUUCAACGACGGCACCGACGAGUCGAAGAAGCUGUACUGCAUCUACGUUGCCGUUGGCCAGAAGCGUUCCACCGUCGCCCAGCUUGUUGAGCGCCUUCGCGGCGCCGAUGCCCUCAAGUACUCCAUCAUCAUCUCCGCCACCGCCUCCGAUGCCGCUCCCCUGCAGUACCUUGCCCCAUACACUGGCGCCACCAUGGGCGAGUACUUCCGCGACAACAAGAAGCACGCCCUGCUCAUCUUUGACGAUCUUUCCAAGCAGGCCGUUGCCUACCGCCAGAUGUCUCUGCUGCUCCGCCGCCCCCCUGGUCGCGAGGCCUACCCCGGUGAUGUCUUCUACCUCCACUCCCGCCUCCUUGAGCGUGCCGCCAAGAUGAGCAACGAGGCCGGCGCCGGUUCCCUCACUGCCCUCCCCAUCAUCGAGACCCAGGCCGGUGAUGUGUCCGCCUACAUUCCCACCAACGUCAUCUCCAUCACCGACGGCCAGAUCUUCCUCGAGACUGAGCUCUUCUACAAGGGUAUCCGCCCCGCCAUCAACGUCGGUCUCUCCGUGUCCCGUGUCGGUUCCGCUGCCCAGACCAAGGCCAUGAAGCAGGUCGCCGGUAAGAUGAAGCUCGAGCUUGCCCAGUACCGUGAGGUCGCCGCCUUUGCCCAGUUUGGUUCCGACCUCGAUGCCGCCACACAGCGCCUCCUCAACCGUGGUAUCCGCCUGACCGAGCUCCUCAAGCAGGGCCAGUACGUGCCCAUGUCCUUUGAGGACCAGGUUGUCGUCCUCUUCAGCGGUGUCCGCGGCUACCUCGACGAGAUUGACCCAUCCAAGAUCACCGACUUUGAGCAGAAAUUCCUGCCUCACGUGCAGAACAACCACAAGGAGAUCCUCACCGACAUUGCCCAGAAGGGUGAGCUGACCCAGGCAACAGAGGAGAAGCUGAACAAGGUCUGCGACGAGUUUGUCAAGUCUUACCUCGCCAAGUAAACAAGACAAGGGUUGCAUUGCGUGUGCCAUGGACGUGCUAUGUGCGUGUGGACCAGGCAGCGGCCGCGUGAUCAAGCUGGCGCCCCUCAGCCUUGUCUUGGUUGAGUAGUGUCGCAUUGGUUGUGUGUGCGUUGUUGUCCUUCCCGCGUCUGGCGCGUGUCAUGCAUGCCCCUUAUCCUCUUGUCUGCUUGCCUGUGUUGGCACGUCUUGCUCGCUGUUCGUUGACUCCUUUUGUUGUUGUCGCCAGUCUCCCGUGUGUGUUGUGUUUGUGCUGUUUCAUUUUCCUUGUUGUGUAUGUGUGACUAUGGUCAAUUACAUGACCUCGUUGCACAUGUGUAAGCGGGGGUUGUCCUGUGCGAGUGUGUUUGCAACCGCCCGUCCCCCUCCCUCUGUCUUGCCUUUGCUUGUCCACGCUAUUCAAGGUGGUUGGUUGCGUGGUUUGACUGUGUCCUGUCUCGUUGUUGUGCGUGCUGUUGUCAGUCACUAUUUGGUCGCGUGCCUCGUGUGUGCUGGUUGGGGUGUGUCUGUACGUGUGGCUAUGAGUGCCAUUAGUAGACAGUUGCGUGGCCACACAUCAUAGAAAGUAAGGCGUG